AUGAAGGAUGAUCUGGAAGUCUCUGGAGGGUUGCUAUCUCACAUAUGCAACAUCUCUUUUCCAAGAGCGCCUACCACGACAUUCUGCUUUUUGUUGGGCUCUGUUGAUGCGAAAGGAAUAGUGCGAGUGGCAGGGUUCCAUUGCCCAGAGUGGGAGAAGCAGAAUGAUCUUUCCUUGAUUGAUUGGAGAGAACAAAGGGUGAAGUCCCUCUGCCAAUCCAAAUCGCACGAGGUGAUUGGCUGCUGCCUAGUAAAACCAACUGGUGAGGCAACAUUGAGCAAUGCUGAUGCUGCCAUGGCCCGGAAGCAUCAACUUGAGUGCAAUGAAGCCUUUGUCACUGCAAUUACAGGCAAGGACAGAAAGACCCGUUUUUUCCGCUUGACAGCUGCUGGGGUUGCGGAGGCUGAGAUCGAGGUUGGAGAAACAACAAUGGUAGAACUUCAUGCUGCAGUUCAGUGGGUGGGGCCGUCCUCACUCUACUAUGCGGAGGUAGUGUCAGAAUCUCUUGCAGACUUAGAUUCCCUUGAGAAAGAGGCAGCCGAGGCAUUGCUGGCCAAGAGAGGCAAAACCAAGAAAUGUCAGGCAAGGGCUACAGCUAGGGCUGAUGACUUGGGGCAUAGUGCCAAAGCGGCCGCAACUUUGAAUGACAUUGCGGAGGAGCUAGGUCUUUUUGCAGAUUGGCUUUGUGCAGAGCUGCCUCGCUUUACCAGCGUCAAUCAAGACUUGCAGAAGGAGUUUCAGCAGCGCUUGGAUCAAUUUCCCCUUGCAAACAGAGAGCUGGCAAAGAUUCAGGCUUGCGCAUGUCCUUCAGAUAUUGCUGGAGCUGGCAAGGUUUUGACUGCUGUGCAUGGCAUGAAGGCUGAUUUGCAAGUUCGAGCUGUAAAGCGAAACGCUACAGGGCAUGCAUUUGAUGGAAAGAAGUGGAAGCAUGCUGCGAGAAGUUCAAGCGCCUUCAACACACCUACACCCAAGCGUCCACGAGUUACACCUUCUUCUACUCCGUCUGCAGCGUCCACUUCACCAGCUGCCACUGAACCUGCUUCUUCUACUGCUGCUCCAGCAGCUUCUCCGUCUGCAGAGUCAACUUCACCACCAGUGGCUGAGGAAGCUGAGGACGGGAACAUGUUGGGGUAUCAAUUGGUGGUGGAUCCUCAAUCUGACCACGAGGAAGGAGAUGACAUGGAGGAAGAGGACGAAGAGAACAGGCCCAAAAAGAGAGGAGGUCAAUCAGUCCGUGUCCGGCUCCCUGUGUACAAAAAGUUGCAGUGUAUCAGGGAACUAGACAGGCUUAUCGAGUCUGGGCAACGGAAAGGCUUGGAAAAGUCUGUGAUGCAUUCUUUCCCAGAGGUCUUUAUGGGAACCCGUGGCAAGAUGAAGACAGGCAUGUUGGGCAGAUGGCUUGUCCAAGCGGAUGAGCAGUCACGGAGGAAAAUUCCCUUUGAAAAAAUGAGUGCAAAAGACCAGCAAAUGAAAGAUCUGCCGGACUGGGUGAGGCUUCCUUUGGGGAUGACACCACGGUCUCUCGACCGUUUCAAAAGUGGUACCAAUGUACCACAGCCAGUGGUGACCAAGGUGGUGCAAAUGAUUGAGCGGGUAACUUGCGGGCAAGGGCCUGCACUGACUGCAGGUGUUCUCAAGGCUGAGUCAGUGAAGAAGGAGGUUGAAUCCAUGCUGCAGGUGUUCAAUGACGCGCAGAAGAAAACCGCUGAGGAGAAUGGCAUUGCCAUUCCUGACCAGAAAUCCAAGGUUUCAAUACGGUGGGUCAACCGGCUGCUCAGUCACUAUGGAUGGAAGAGAAAUGCCCCUAACACCUAUGGCGCUUACCUGGAGUUUGAUGAUGAGAGGAUGGUCCGUUCACGCCGUGCUUGGCGCUUCCUCAGGUUGGAAAAGAACGUUCGGCUGGAUCUUGCCUUGAAUUUUGAUCAAGUCUGGAAAGCUGGAAAGAGGGAGCAACUGUGGGCAGAGCUCCACCGACUUCAGCGCCAAGGCAACACAGAGUGGGAAGCAAAACGAAGGCGGAUUGCAGGACGGGAUGCAAGAUGUGAUACAGUGGACCAAGGCAGGCACUCAAUCACCAUCGUGACUUCACUCUGGGGGUCGGGCGAAACUGGACCGCUCACCCUGGUUCUACCACUGGGUUUCUUGUCCGGGGACAAGCAAGCAGAACUUCAGCAGCGGUUUGCUCCACAUGUCUAUUUCUUGUCUUCAGGGCGUUCAUCCCAUUUCAUGAACGCGGAAGUGGUAGCAGCCUUCUAUGAGACCGUGCUUUCAGAUGCAUUUGAGCGGAGGAGGCAAGUUCUUGCAGAACGCUACCAAAGAUCUUUCCAAGAUGAGAAGCACAUGGCCACAUACCAAGAGACGUGCUUUGGCUACCGUUCAGGACUCAUGCAGCGUGCUACGGACACACCAAUGCUGCUUUCCAACGGCAACAAGCAUUUGUCAGUGUCCCACGAGGAGUCGGUCUUGUCUGCCAUCUACGGAUGGCAACGGCUUGGCAAGAAUGGCAAGGCUUUAAGGUGGGCGUGGCUCAGCCGGGGCAUGGCAUCCUAUGAGGAGAUGUGCGAGGUUUCUCCUGAGCCAGUGACUACAGAGACCCUGAAGGAGGAGAUGGCGCAUUGUGAGAAGCAAAGUGCAGAGGAACUGUUUGAAGGCAGUUUGGAGGAAGUCUUUGAGCGGCCAGAUGUCAACCGCACGACUUUCCUGUGGCAGAUUGAGAGUUUAGCAGAGGACUCCGAUGUGGAAGAUGAGUGGGAGAAACAAGAUUCUCAGUGGCGCUGCCUGCCGCAACACUGGCAGCACUUGCUAAACCAAAGGCUAGCCCAAUACCAUGGACAUGUUCAAGAUGCUCAGGCUCUAGUGGAGCAUAGAGAAGCACAAUUUGGGGUGGACGACAUCAAGAGCAAAAACGCACGGCAGAAACUCUUGGAACUGCAGGAGGGCAAGUGUGCCACGAGCGUAGUUUUGAUGUGCAAAGGCACUGCCAAAGAAGUGUCCCCAGAUGUCUACAAGAGGUGUGUUCAAAGCACCAACGGUGAAUUGAAAGUGUCCGUAUCCAACAAAGUAGUUGCUUACAAGCUUUGUGUGAUGUCACUGAAGCUCACGACCAUGGCAGAGCCGGAGGUUGCGAGGCAACUCCGGAUAGUGUCAGUGACAGGCCAGAGUCGAGAAGUACAAGCAGUGCGUCUUCAUUUGAACCUACUCUCACUGCAAUCCAGCAAAGUCCUGCAAGACCUUCAAGUGCCAAAGGCCAAGAAGUCAAACACCUCAAUCCAUGUGGGGGAAACGGAUGCAGCAGGUGGACAGGAUGAGGUGGCACAGGAGCUCACUAUUCUUGACAAAGCGGAAGACCAAGCUGACGGAGAAGCAGCAGAACUCCUUUGCCCUGAUGUUGCAGAGUCUGCUUUUGUUGAAGCACAGGCAAAUGUGAACACGGGAGAUUCAAAUGGUGAGGCUGAUGACGGAGCAUCUGAUAUUGGUAGUGAUUGCCCAUGUCCAGAACUUGAAGGAGGAGUUGUUUGGACCAUUUGUCCCAAUGGUGCAUCGUCUACUGAGCAGAAUGACCAUGAGCCUAAGGAGUCUGAGGCUGCUGAUUCAGCCGCGUCAGUGACAGUUUCCGGGGAGCAGUUUAAAGAUGUUCCCGCCUUUGCCCGUGUGUAUGUGGUAGUUGGUUGGAGGAUCAUUGGUGGUCCAGCGUGGGCCUUGCUGUAA